CGUCACCUCCACUGAUGGGAACUGCGCCGCAAUCACUGUCAUUCUGUGCACGUAACGAUAGACUUCGGAAGUUUGGGGAAUUCCAGACAAUUUGUGUGUAGGCCUACAUGACUGAGACUGUGAACUUACAUUGAAAGGUUUGGUAUCCGUCGCAACUAUUUUGAGUAUCAGAUUUGGGAGUUGCCAUGGAGAAGCAUCAUAAGGAAGCGCUUCGUAAAAACCGCGUGGCCCUGGUGCAGGAUAUGAAUUUGACUUAUGUCUUCGAUGCACUUGUUGAGAGGAACAUCUUUGAACCUGCUGACUAUGAAGACUUCAAGGAGGAGGGAAAGACGAGUCGCAAGAUCAACCAGGUUUUCCUAAAUGCCUUGGAGAGGCGCGGACCCCGUGCCUUCGACGCUUUUGUGGAUUCGCUAAGGGAACACAAGCAAGGUAUUCUGGCUGACAUACUGGACCCAGCCUCGGCGCCCAAGUAUCCGGCCCAGAUUAAGUCCAGGCCGGGGAGGGUGGUGGACAACCCCACGGACUCCCUCACGGGACCCCAGGGGGACUCCAAGUUCGAGCCCAUGGAUACUCAACCUGCCAAAUCAGUCAUCACUUCUCCGACAGACGAUCAACCGAAGGUCAUUUGGCCAGGCAACAGCCCUGCAUUAGUAACCGGUAUGGAGAUGCCAGCAUCCCCUAUACCCCCUGCCAAUCAAGAUGCCUCCGAUAUUGACAACGUCUAUCAGAUGAAGUCAAAACCACGAGGGAUUGCUAUCAUCAUCAACAACAAACACUUCAGGACGAUGAACACCAGGAAGGGAACUGACAUUGACGGCAAGAACCUGAACUACGUGUUUGAAAAGCUUGGAUUCACAACUCUUGUCAAGAAUGACCAAACUGGGGAGCAAAUGCAACAGAUCUUUCGGGAUACUGCCUCCCACAACCACUCCACCUUUGACUGCUUCAUCCUAGCCAUCUUGACCCACGGUGUAGAGGGUGCUAUAUACGGCACUGACGAGCGAAUCGUCAAGAUCGAGCACAUCACGUCGUACUUUGAAGGUGGCCGGUGCCCCACGUUGGCGGGAAAACCCAAGCUUUUCUUCCUUCAGGCUUGCAGAGGGGAACGAUUUGAUAGUGGCCAUGAAGCCACAGAUUCCAAGGCGGUUGCCCCGAGUGACGCCGAUGCCACGCAAGACUCCAUAGCGCCCUUGAGUGACGAGGAACUGGCCCAGAGGAUGCUGCAGCGCGAGUUAGAAGAUGACACAGAUGCAUCCAACGCCAUCCGAUCCAAGCUGCCCAGCCAGAGCGACAUGCUGCUGGCCUACGCAACGGUGCCAGGGUUUGUGUCAUGGCGUAACUCAGAGCGCGGGAGUUGGUUUGUGCAAGCUAUGUCGGAAGUCUUUAUGGAGCAUGCUCCCAAAGAGGACCUGCUGUCGAUGAUGACGAUAGUUAAUAACAAAGUUGCUCUGGCCUUUGAGUCGUCUUCCGGACGCAACAAGCAAAUCCCAGCUCCCGUGACGAUGCUGCGGAAGAAGCUCUACUUCAACCCGGGACAUUAAGGGCAGUAGAACACCACACUAAAAACACAAUAAAAAGUCCAAGAUUUUUUCUGGGGUGAAACUUAAGUUGUUCCCGCAUUUUGCCAUGACCUUACAACCUCGGGCCAAUUUGAAGAAGACACUGAGGAAUUUGCUAAGCCUUGGAAAUAUUUACUUAGCCAAAAUGGGUUACCAAUCACAAUGACGCAGGAUUUAUAUUGUCCGUGACUGGUUCCCAGCGCAGUGUUUUCAGUUAAGCAGCUCCUUCAUAUUGGGCUCAGGUGGUAAGUCCUACCAGAGGGCGAAGCUUACAAUUAACUGGGGAGGGGGGUGUCAAUGCAAAAAAAGUCUGCACUUUCAAAAGUAUCCAACAGAAUGUGAGUAUGUUUAUUAAGCUUUCGCGUCUAACCAGUAGUCUAUUCCUAUGGCUGUUCCGGUUCCAAAGUUAUAAAAUUUAGGAGAUUGAUGACUGCCUACCCUCGUCUCCCGAAGACCCUCAACACUAACCUCUGUAGUUUGGCCAUUGCCAGGUUAUUUCAAGUGUGUCAUCACAAUCAUAUUUGUUUUCUGAUUAGCGACUCUGGUUUUUUUCAGACGAAAUAAGAGCAUUGUUCCCAUGACAACUAAAAAAUACUCCCUGGCCUGGCCAUUGUUAUUAUUUGUCACGAAUUGCAAGACCAAAAGAUCCUGAGUGACACAAGAAUUUCACAUAACGACAGAAGUUUGUGUUUAGGAUCUCGUCUCCUUAGAGCGAGAAUGCUGUUUUUUCUUUGUUUAACAGUAGCACAAUUAACCUGAGUGAGCAGAUACAUACACGUAGUGUCAGUAUCUUGUAUAUUGUAGAGUUGAAGCGUUAUUCAGCGAUGUUAUUGCAUUUAUCUGUGACCCAGGUUUGCAAGAGCAUGAGAUGCAGGCUUAAGCAGUUGAAACAUUUCUCUCUUGGGUUAUCACUGGGGGAAAGGCAAUAUGAACCAAUGCUAGAUCUGUCUAAAAAAGUCUAGCCUAGCAAGUUUUUUUUUCUUUUGCUCAAACGGAGGACUGCCGCUUGAAGGCGUGGCUGAGGAUUUGAAACUGAACAUCUCAUCUCCUGCUCUGUUUAGUUUACUGCACAGACUUAGGGAAAGUUAUUUUCGUCAGGAAUGGGCCUCCCCAUACCCCACAACUGGUUAGUUUUGCCUGUAACAAUGCAGAAUAAUGAGGGGCACGGACGAUUUGAAUAGCAAACUUUUUCGAGGCAAACUCCAACCGUUCACAGUCCCCUUCACUUCCAGUUUAUAGUUUGGAAGGUAUUUUUAGGUCAUUCAAAGGUGACCGUUUGGUUAUUUGCUGAAUAAAAGUGAGACUUCAGAAACUGAUUUAUGGUUUUUUAACUGUUGCAUAUUUGCUUUGCAAACUUUCGACUGACGAACAGUUGCAGAGGUUGAAAAACACAGUUUUGUGAAAUUUUGGUGAUGUUGAAAUUAUUUAAUUUUAAACAGUGGGAAAAGAUUUCCUAAAAUUGCCAUAUCACAACUGAAGUUAGAGGCCUUCACACAACCCUACGACAUUGAUUUUAAAUUGUGGAGAAAGAAAUAGUUUUGUUAUGUUUUCAGCCUCAAAUCUGAGCUCUGGCGGAAAGCGUAGGGCCGAGUGUUCGGUCUCAUUUUUCAUGUCUGGGAGAAUUUGUUUGUUUGGCUUGGAAAGGCUCUUGGCUCCUUGUUACUGCAGAAACGCACGUAUGCCAUAACCAGUAAUUUACAGCCACGGUUGCCACUCUGACAGGUUCGUUGUCUUCCGGUUAGCCCGACCUGUAACUCAAGUGCAGGUCAAGUAAAGGUCACAGGUAAAAGGUCACAUGUAUGUCGACGUGUUCGGCUGAGGGUACCUGCGGGUGGGACAUGUUGAACCCUCGUUCUGUUAUAGCAGGUCAUUAAUUUAAAUGCAAAUGUUAAAGUGUCAUGGAAGUGGAAGCAGAGAAAGAGAUGAAGACUGUACAUUAGUAAAAGUGCAAGGAAGUAAGUUUGAGAGUGGCGACAGUGACAAAGACAAGAUUAUUUCUGUUAUUUACUUCAGAAGGAAAGCAAUUCUGGUGUGUGGGAGAAGGAUGGUUUAUGAAUUCAUGCGUGCCAGAUCGAGGCAAAAGAAUGUUCCACCAUCGACCGAAUUUCCUUUCAUUUUAUCAGCGAACAAAAGAUUCAUUAUAUAUGUGAAAUGUAAUCUAAAUGUAGUAAUUAUAUAAAUGUGAUUUCCACGUUAAGUGUUUUGGUUGUCUGAAGUAUUGUAAAAACCUGAGACCGAGAUCUGACGGCGGAGGUCGAGACCAAGUCCUUAGGGUCCAAAGGUGGGACUUGGACCUCAUGGGGGCGAGAACCGAGACCAUGGCCCCAGACAAAUCGGACAGUGGUGAAAAAUAAAACAUUGCAAAAACAAUGUAAA